AUGCAGCCGCCCAAGUGGUUGCUCGUGCUCGGCCUGGGAGCAUGCGUGCUCUCUCAUGCAUCUGAACAACACGACUCAAGCCUCCUACCUCUACCCGACAACACUGUUGCUCGAGCCGGUCCAGGUCCAGCUCUAGAUCAGGUUGAUACUCUCCUCUCCUUCUCGGCAUACGACAGUAUUCUCUGCGACGAAGAUCAUUGCGACUGCUGCCAAGCAGAGGGUGUCAAAGUUCCCAACAGAAAAGGCAAGAUGGUGAAGAAUGACUGCACGGCAUUUUUCACCCGCGACAGAUGCAGCGGUUGCAUCAACUACUGGAGGAAUUGUCUGGGAAGCAUUUCACCUCAACGUCAUGCCUCCUGGCCCCUUCUCGAUGGGAACGACGUAAAGUCCAAGGUCGUGGAGCGCUCCGUCCAUGAUCUUCUCCAGAACCAGUGCAACGCCGAGACCUCCGAGGCCAUGGAGGUCAUGUUGCAGAACUAUCUGGACGAUCUCGUCGACAAUGUCACCCAGAAUCUCCCAGCAACAUCCCCGUGCUCGCAGACCGUUCUUUACGACAUCACUGAUGACGACAAAGACAUUGGCAGAUCGUUGAGCAAAUUGUGGCACUGGACCGAGAAAAGCAAACCAACGGAGCAUCAUGAGUCUGAAGCUCUCUUUCGUGGCAACAGCGUCAGCGCCAUCACGGUCCUAACCAAGAAGGAUCCCAUGCUCCUGAAUACCACAUUGGCCAUCAACCCCCGGCAUCGCGUGGAGAAAUUGGCCGACUUCGACGACGAGGCGUGUGUCGUGAACAUGCUUGCCGCCAUUGUUCGACCAGACAAUCAAUCGAAUGGCUCGACAUUGAAGGUCACUUUGACGUCUAAAGGCAUCAGAUACCAUGCCGAGACUUGGAGCUGCUCCGCAGAUGCGACCAUGGAGAAGACUUUGUUUACAAUUGAGCGCGAUGAGCUCCAGCCACAGAAACCCGACCCAUAUGUUCAGACUAUACCGCAGCAAGCCACCAUUGGUCAAACGUUCAGCGUCGACACAAGCGUGUAUCCAUUCACUUACAAGGGCCCGUUGACAGUUACGGCCACAGAUCCUCCAGGUUAUUCAGGCGCGAUCACGAUCUUCAAGUCCGCUACUCCUUUGUUACCUGUUGCGGUACAGGCUUCGACCAACUAUCAGCAAAAACCGCCGGUGGUAGUGGUUACCAAAUCAGCGCACGGAAAUUCUGGAAGCUACACCGUUCCUUUGACUUCGGCAGCCUCUCUCGUGACUGGCCAGCUCACGCAGGGCCCGAAGUGGAAAGUAGCGACCUCAACUUUCAUGGAGUUGGAGGCGCUACACAUGCUGAAAAAGAAGGAAUGCCAACUUGAUGUUAUUCUGCACCCAUCGAAAGGCCAGAAAUGUGAAACGACCUUAUGGUACGACGGUCAGACAUUCAAGAAGGGCACUUUGACAGCCAUAGCAACAAAGCCGCCUGAGUGGUCUGCCAAGAUCAAACCCAAGCACGAGCCCACCGUAACGUGGCGAGCUCAGAUACUCACGGACCGCGAACCUCCCAUAAUGCUCGCCACUCAGGGCAUAAAGGGCGCCUCCAUCACUAUGGUCCUUCCAGUACCAGCGCUCACAAAUGUGGCUCAUGCACUUGCUACGCCCUCGAGCCAGACAGAACGACGUAAUCGCCUCUACGCUGGCUUGCCCAGCCCAGCUUCAAGUGGUGAGGCCUUCACAACCACGGUCAAUCUCGAUGGUCGGGAGGUCGAAGCAUCUGGUACAAUCACGGCAACAAGCCCAACAGGUUUCGUGAUGACUAUCUACAACAAAACCGCGACUGCCACUCUGUACGGCGAACUGGACGAGGACGAAGAUCCGACCAUGAUGAGGGCCAGCCUGUUCUCCGACGGUAUGGUGGCUACGAUCAAUGAACCAUGGUUUCCCGCCGGCUUCACAGGCAUCAUCAAUCCGAACAUCCUCGAUGUUCCAGAUGCCAGACGUACAGACGCACACCUGCAAGCUCGUCAGACCUUCACGCCUGCAACAAGCUCGCUAAAGACCACGAACGAUCUACCCGCCGGAUCGACGAUAACCAUCAUAUCCAGCCCAACUCAAGAGUUGUCGGUCAUAUCCAGCCCAAGUCAGGAGGUGUCGGUAGCCAAGACCAUCACUCUUGCUACCACAGGUGUACCCACCGCCAUCGUCCAGCAGACUGUCACGAUCACGAAUACAGUCAUGUCGCUCGGUGACAAGAUCAUCCCAAUCACAGGAUCAUCUAAACAGAUUGUCCACAACACCAUCAUGACCAUGGUAUAUCCUCCUCGGGCGAAUCUUGACACCACCGCUUGCAACCGUGACCGCCUGCUUGCUUUGAACAACGCCCUCAACGACAACGCGACCAGCCCUGGGUUCACGAAUCUGACAAUGUACCGCGCGUUACACCCGGAAUACAAUUGGAAUGCUGUCAAGCAUUAUGCGGAUCUGCUCAAGCCGGACCUGGCAGAUAGUCACGCUUCUCAGCUCGCCAUCCUAUGCAUGCGUAAUGGAGAUCAGAAGCUCACCUCUCCGCAGUGUCCUUGCAGCACUGUUCCAACUGGAGCACCGGGACAGCCUGCACUGAUUACACAGUACAUCUCUGACGGCUAUACAUUCGUCCCAACUGCAGGCGCGGGAAGCGUGAUUACAGCGGAUAUCAAUGGCCAACACUUGGUUUUCACCAUACCCACGCCAGCAAUGCCCUUCACGCCAGCAGUGCCCUUCACGCCGGCAGUAACCUUCACGCCUUCCGGGCCUCGAGCAGCCAGCACGUUUGUGCUUGUAGGCACCACUGCACUGCCGUACAAUGCCUCGACGACUUACCCAUCAGGAGCUAUAACUGAGGUGAUAUUCACACCAGCGACAUCCGCCCCAGCUGUAGUCACCACAGAGAGUGCUUACUUGACCCACUUCUCGACAAGUUCUCUGGCUGCUCCCAUACCCACUGCAGAGCCCAAAUGCAAGAGAUCUGAUCACAAGUGCCGAUUGGAUAUGUGCCUGUGGAAACACCAGAAGCCGAUGAACAUUUCCACUGUGAUGCCCGCCCUGAUGGACGACCCAUACGACGGACACAUGAUGUACGACUACUUCACGCAGCGGACUUCCCUCACUGGGCGACCGCACUGGGGAACGACCGAUCAAAGUGGUCUUUACUAUCCGAUGCACAUGGCAACACAUUCUGAAAGUGGUCUCUAUGCUAUUCGAGAAACGCCAGUUCCCAUCAAGAGGAAGAAGAGCCUUAUCCAUCCGGAACCGGUCGUUCAUCCUGCCCCCAGCUGCUGGAACGCAAAUUCAUGCCAUGCCCUGUGCGCGCAAGAAGCUGAUCGCAAACACGAGAAACACAAGAUGAUAGGCGCUAUCGCUGGUCCCAUUGGCGGUGUCGUGCUCCUUGGUGCGGCAUUGGGUAUGCUGAUGAACAUGCUCAAAAGACGCCGCGGUGGAGACUCUUCGCCCAAGACAACAUCUGCUAUGCAAGCCGUGGACCCUGUAACAGGACAGCCAGUUGUACCAGUGGCGGUCGUUGACAGCCUUGGCAGGACUACCGCCGUCGAUCCUGCCAAUGACGCCCCCGGCACAAAGCCUGCUCUUCGCGGAGUCGGCACUCUGAACCGUCAGGCCGAGGAGGGUCGCGGUCGUGUUCACUUUGGCGAGGAUCAAACUGGCAGCGGAGCAGAGGGUGCUGGCUCUGCCCUUGCUGGUACAGGUAAUGCCAUGGGUAAUGGUGCAAACAACGCCGCAGGCCUGGGUUCUGGAGCGGGUACCGGGACUGGUGCGGCUACUGGAGCAACGUCUGCCGCCGAUGCAGCACCUGCAGGCGCGGCUGAGAUUGUGACUCAACCUGCGACAGCUACAUCUGAGAUGGUUGGGCAAGGCGGACAAACGAUGACUGACGCAUCUGGCAAGGUGGCACCGGGAAAGGCGGUCGAACAAGUCGAGGCUGUUCCAGCACAUGAUGGUGCUGACAGCCGUCGCACUGGACACGAGACUUUCGACAUGGGCAGCUUACGCGGACGACGCACGAUGCGGCCCAAUGGCAAUCCCUUCGACUGA